AUGAAAAAUUAUUCAGGCCAACGUUGGGAAGGAUAGGGUGUUGUCAUCCAUGAGUUGUUAGUGAUUAAUCACUGUGGCUAGAGAAGUAAUGCUAAUGAUAUAUUUGAAGGGUGGAUCUCUUAUUACCUUCUUUUUCACUUGAAAAACCGACUAGAUUCAGAGCCUGAAAUUAUAAGAGUUAGUCCUUAAAUAGUCUCUGAUGUGAACGCUCAACUCAACUUUCUGCAGAAUGAUGCAUAAAUUUUUAUGUACGAAAUCAAAAAUCAGACUGAAUGCAAAUUAAGAGCAAUUUUAUGGUGCAACACUGCAUACCAGGCAUUAAGAACAUUAGGCUUCAAAAGUCAACGGCUUACAGGCUGAAAGAUUUUUAUUUGUUGUCUUAUUUUUUAUCAACUCUUUAUUCCUCUAGAAAUUUCUCUCUAAAACUACCUUGCCUUUUCGGUUGAAUCCAAGUGAACUAAUUUUCUUGUUUGUGGUUUAGAUUACUGAUGUUGUUUGGAUCGAAUGGUGAUCAUGACACAACAUAGUGACAUUAGUUUUAUGUUUUCUAUUACAACUACAGGAUGACAAUAGUGCCAUAUCAAGAGUUUAUGAAUCCUUUUUAUCGGAGUAUCCUUUAUGUUAUGGUUAUUGGGAGAAGUACGCAAAUCAUAAGGCACGUUUUUCGGUUGACCAAGCAGUAGAAGUUUAUGAAGAAGCUGUGAAAGUAGCUACGUAUUCUGUUAAUUUGUGGGCCAAUUAUUGCAGCUUCGGUAUGCAAUUUUAUGAAGACCUUGAUGAUGUUCGAAGGUAUUUCAUGCCUAAAUAAUCAUGGUUAUGUUAUUAGAAACAUUAAUUGUGAUGCUUAUUUAUUCGAUUGAUGAUGUGAAAGCAGAACAUUUUAGCGACAUCAGUGAUAUUCUAUAAAUUUCAACAUUUGUCACUAAUAAAGGUGUAUAAGUAAGGUUGUUAGUGAAUUGACAAGCACAUGAUGAGCAUAAUCUUUUUUGGAAUAUUUUAAUUUCAUGCUUGCUUUUGAUGAUUACAAAAUCACAGUUUAUGCCAACUGGAUUGAAGUUUUGCUGUCCACUGGCACUUUUCACGAGUUCAGAUAGAGAGCAUAAUGCUCUCUUAGUUGGCAUAGGUGUUGAAAACAUUAUCAGAAAUAAAGAAAGUGUUGAGAGCAUGUUUACUUGUCUGAGCACAUCUCGUUACGAAUUAAAAUCAUAGUACAUAGAACUAGCAAUUAAUCUAGGUCAAUGAUAAAGUUGGUCAAUGAACGUGUUGUAAUAUUGACAAUUAACAAGAAAAGAAUUAGGAUUGCGCACUGAAAAAUUAAGUUGUUCAAGGCUUAGUAAUUUGACAUGUUUGAUAUCGAAGAACAGGACAGUAAUCUUCUAAAAGAGUUUUGUGCAAAGGAAAUCUUAACAACAUUACAAUGCAGCCAAGAUGUUUGUGCCAUUGAUGCAUCUCUUUGUCUCUAAGUACUAUUUUACCUUGUAAAAGACAAGAAAGCCAAAAUUUCACAAGGUUAUAGAUGACAGAGGCAUCUUUUUUGAUGACUAUUUUCACUUGUUUCCUUUGUCAUCAAAUGUCAAAAAUUCACUAGCUAUGGAAGAAGAGAGUAGACGAUAUAAAAUCUUAAUAACCCUACGAUUGAAGGAAGGUUAGUCAUAAGUGAGAGGAAAUGAAGAACACUGGACGAUCCUGGGUGAUCAACAAUUUAAGUCACGAAUAAGAUAUGUAAUAAUACCGAGAGUGAGAUUUUUCGUACCUAUUUCUGGUGAAGGAGUGGGGCAGGUCUCACCUAAAUUGUGAAAGAAUCUUCUUGAAGACGAAUAUUAGCUGAUGACGUAAUACUACGACAAGAUUGAGAAGUAGCUGCAACUCGUUUGAUUUAGUGAUCCUCCUUGCCAGGGUAUUUGAGGUGUUCUGAAGAGAUUACAUGCUGAAAUAGUCUUCUUUGAAGGGGGCCUAUUGACAAAACAUAGUCUGUAAUUAAAGAUCAAAUAAAAUUCACAAGUAACCUCAUCUUAACAAAUUCCGUUAAUGAUGUCAUUUAGUUUUCUGAACAGGUUUUUGGAUCAGUAUGAAUGUUGUUCUUUAUUUUUUUUCUGCUGUGGUUUAAUUUUCAUAUUUCUUGUUGCUAAAUUAUCUUUAUGAAUGGUUUAUAUUUUGCCUUAUUUUUUGUCUUUUUUGGACUAACAGUCAUUUCGGAUCAGUAUAUUCAGCCAGUCAUUAAAUUACGUUCCCACUGAUCUCGUUAACAUUCAUUUGGUAAAUGAAUGGUAAUUUAUUUUAUUUUCUUCAUAAGAAAAGAAUCAAGGUGGAAAGGUCAUUGUUGGCUAUAUAGAGUUAAAAAUAUUUCUUCUUAUAUAUUACUCCCCUUUUACUUGUUGCACUUUUUUAUUCAUCAAUGUUGUCAUCAUCAUCUGCAAAAUCGCUGUUGACCGGGGUGAGCUCAUGAGUCCUAUUGUGCCAGCCUACACUAACUGUUGUUAAACCAAGAAAAAAACGGAGAUUUCCAUUCCUUUUGUUAAUUUUGUUGUGUGGGCAGGUUGUAUGAAAGAGGUUUGACAUUUGUUGGAAAAGAUUACCUUUGCAACAAUUUAUGGGACCAAUAUCUUGCAUUUGAACAUUCUCAUAAACAAUGGAGUCGCCUUGUUGAUGUGUACAUUAGAAGUUUGAGAUUUCCAACCAAAAAAUUGCAUAGUUAUUACCAGAGGUAUGAUUGCUAUGUUUUUAUAAUUAUUUCUAAUUUUAAUAGGCAUACCUCAUAUUUUGAGUAGGAUGUUUAUUAUCUGACCGGUCAGCUUCAAGAAGCUUGUUAUCAGCUUGGAAGAAGAAAUUAAAUAUCAAAAUAUUUGGAUGGAUUUAACAGAAGGUUCAGUAGCAAGUGAGCUGGGAGACUUGCACAGUGUUAAUGAUUCAAGAAUUAGAAGUAUUAUCAGUUUUCUUCUUGAUCAGCCAGCUGCCCUCUAUAGAGGUCAAACGCUCAAGACAAUUUUGACAAUUGGGGAAUAUUUCUAUCGGAGAUCAUCUGAGAUUGAUGAAAAGAUUAGUUUGUUUGAAUCUCGGAUUCGAAGGCCUUAUUUCCAUGUAAAGCCGCUUGAUAGCUGUCAGCUUCAAACCUGGAAUCACUAUCUUGACUUUGUUGAGACACAAGAGGAUUUUGAUUGGGUAUAAUUGCUCUAUUUUUCAUCUCUGUUUUAGUUACUGUUUCCUUUCUGGUGAACAUCUGUAAUUUCUAUUUGCUUUUAUUUACAGACUGUAAAACUCUACGAGAGAUGUUUAAUUCCUUGUGCUAAUUACCCAGAGUUCUGGGUCCGCUACAUUGAACUUAUGGAAGCAAGUGGAGGUAGGGAGAUUGCAACUCAUGCAAUUGAACGGGCAGUGACAACUUUUCUCAAGGUAAGAAGUUUUAAAAAACUAAAUGGCCCUGUUUCAUUCCUAAUAUAAGUUCUCAAUUUUGUAUAUAUUAGGUCAAGUUAAGUUCAACCAUUUCUAGUGCAAUGAUUGUGUCCUAAUAAUUUCCUCAUGAUUUAUUUGUUGAUGGUGAAUUUGUGCUGGGUUAUAUGUAACUGAGGAGAUAUAUCAACCAUGAUGCUUAGCAAUACAGUAUGGAGAGACUGAGUGAAAGUGGGUCUAGAAAGCAAGCCUUCUUUUAUCAUAACUUUUCGAUUUGGAUAUCCCUGAAUGUUAAUCUCUAAUUACACAGUUUGUGGAUGCCCUCUUAGGUCAAGGUCUGGAUAGUUGGGAAUUUUUUUUUUUGAUCUGCGGGGUCCUAAUCCAAUCCCAGGUUGGAAUGGAGUGACCAAUCUGCUGUCCGAGGAAACAUAAUUUUUUUGAAAAUUUAGAAAAUAUUUAAAUCCUGAGAUUAUUAAAUGUAAUUGUGAAUUACUUACAAUUUAUAUCUAAAAUGAAUAAGUAUACUAUCAAUUAAAAGGAUCAAAUUGCAUGAUCAUAGAUGAGCAAUGUGGUACAAGAAAAUAAAUGAUAGAAGUAUGCACUAUGCUAGAUUGUAAAUAAGAGUGUAGGUGGAUACUGUAGGAGAUUGUGAUGCUGGUCCGAUUUGGUUAAAUUUUUUAUCACUAUGAAGCAAAGCCACGAUCUCUUAAUACCUUUCAGAUUUCUUGGGAAAUGUGAUUUCCUUCUUUAUUGCUCUUCCUUUAAUCUCUGUAUCCAUACGUGAUACUAGUGAACGGAUAUCAUUUUACUGCAUUUCCAUGUCAAUGACGUUUAAUAUCAUCUCUAAUAAAUGUAUCGUAGCAGGGUAUGUUGCAAGGUAGAAGGGUUGGUGUGCCUAGUGAAGCAGUUGUGCUGCUUCUGGGCUGUGGGAAUGGAAGGCAUUGUGAUGCAGGGAUGGAGAAUGAUAUCGAGGAUUAAAUCAGCCUCUCUCACUCUCAAUCUAGAUUGGGUUGGUCAGGUUUCUAGUAUUUGAGUUAUCUAAACUUUACCGCCAUGAACUCUGCUUGCAGUAGAUAUUUUUCUUUAAUCCUAGUUGCCUUGAAUUAGAUAUUUACUACAUGAAGUAUAUAAAGGGGCAGCUGUUAAAAGAAAUGUCGUACAGAGAUGUAGAAAUUGGAAGAUAGAAGAGAAGACUGAGUCCCCUCUUGUAAGACACUGAGAUAAUGGAGGAGAAACUGGGGUUAUUCACUCAGGGGAAAGAGCUCAUUUGAAAUUAUAAUCCAGUAUGGAGUCAGUCAAAUUAUCUAAAAUGAGGUAACCAGAUAAAUGUAACAUGCUUGCAUGUAGUAUGGAAGGAUGGGUAAAAAUAGUUUUCCAUUUCAAUCGCAGUGCUCACGUUUCUUUCCUUUUAUUGCAAAGGUCAUUGACAAUCUUAAAAUUAGUUGAUAUACUAGAUAGCUUUUAUGCAAUGGCAAUCACAAUGGUUCUUAAUGGAGAGCAGAGGGUUCCACAGUUUCAUGAAUAUUGUGCAAAGGUCAAGGAGCGCAUAGGGGAUGCAGCUGGUGCACGUAGUUCCUUGGAUUACAGCAAAACAGAGUUUCUGCCCAAUUUUGUUGACAAUAUCAAUCAACAGGCAAACAUGGAAAAACGUCUUGUAAGAAAAUGUCUUGUAUUAAAGUGAAACAUUAUCCAAGUAAAAUUUAGAUGAUCACUGAGAAGUUCGUUUUUUCAGGGAAAUGUUGGAGCAGCUUAUUCAAUCUACGAGAAAGCAAUUGAAAUGCUUAAAGAUAAGCAGGAUCUGCGCGUUUUUUGUCUUCUCCAUAUGCACUUUGCCAGAUUUGCAUACGUGGUAGGGACUUUAGUACAGUUUGAAAGAAAUUUUAUUCUCUAUCUUUGCACACUACUAAAAUGUCUGUGACAUAACCACGUUACAGGACUGAAGAAUGGACUUACUAUGCUUGAGAUGGAUAGUUAUUUUAAACUGGGGCUCAUAAAAUGCUGUUGCACAUUUGCCGCCUUCUUUCUUGAAGAAUUAAAACUGAUUUCUAUGUACAUUGGUUGUUUCUAUGUACUUUCUAUGUGAACAUCAUGCUCGCAUGAAAAUGAGUGCAACUGAACCUGAUGUCCUGAUAAUCUAAAUUUGAUAGUAAUAACAAAAAGGAAGCCUGGUCUUCAUUGUGAACACUUUUGCAUAAAUUAUUGAAUCUCCAGUAUACCCUAAUUGUUGGUGCCCCGGAUUGCAGUUUUCUGACUCUUUUGUGCACCAGAACCCUGCCUUUGGCAAGUUGAACACAACCAUUCAUACCGUCAAUGUCAUGUGCGGCCUGCCUUUGAUGUGGAAUUGAUCUUAGCCCACCUUUAUCAAUAUGACGUGGAUUUCGUUAGAUUAGAAGAAGACAUCAAGUUAAUGUCAAACACAAUAUUCAUGUAGACCGAGGAAGUGGUAAUGUCAAACACUAAAUAUUUUAUUUCAACUUGAGUUAAUGAUUCACUACGAAUGAUAAUCCCUGCCUAGUAGUAUCCAAGGAUGAAUGAACUUGUUAGGGCACUCUAUAAAAAACAAGCAUAAUCUGGGCUUAUGGGCCUAUAUCCUCAAUGAUUAACUGGGAUACUAAUCGGAGACAGUGUGAGUUUAUGCUCUAGUAGAUUCAGUAACAACACUUCUACAAUGAAGGAUACUCUUAUUAAGAUUUUUCUUGAGGGAUAACCUGAUUCUAUUUCAUCAAGAUUAUCCAUCAUCUUAAAAAUAUAUUUACAUUAACCUUUAGUUCAUGAACGUUUCUGGAAUUGAUCCUGGCUUAUUUUAACACCGCUGGAUAUUUAUAGGAAAAUGAAUCAAAUUGUGUAAACCUUCAGGGAACAUAAACAAUUUGAAAGAUGAUUCAGUUAAGAGAUCAGUCAAUGCUCUGUGAAUAACCGUGAUCGCAAUUGAUCCAAAAGAGUAAUCUGUUGUAUUUGGCGCAAAAAAUUUAGUUUGAGUUCUCAUUAUGCAUGCAAUCAUGAAUUGCUUCGUUCCAGCUUCGGAAUUCCAUGACAAUAAUGUACGAGGAGACAGUUGACAAUUGGGAGACAGUUGUCAUACUCAUUAUCCUGCUCAUCUUUGAACUGAAUUCUGGAUGUAUCUCUAUUGUUUUCCUGACCUGGGGUUCCGCAUAAUUAUUCUGCUUGAUUUUUCCUGCCUAGAAAGAAAACGUAAUAAAAACAGAAAUCAGUUCAAAAUAUUUAUGUGAAGGCCAUUCACGUCGUCAAUUACCGUGUAGAUUCACGUUGAUCAAUUGAAAGUGAUAAAUAUUAAAGCUUGCUGAGGAAAAAUAUGAUAGUAAAAUUAUAUCCACAGAUGGGGCAUUUUUUUUGUGUACCUACUGGGUAUAUUCAGUAGAAUUAUUUUUCGAUUUUAUCUCAUGCCUAUUAUCUUUCAGGUAACUGGUGAUUUAGGUGCUGCCAGAGAAGUUUUUAUCAAAGGGAUAUCAAGGGCGCCUCACUGCAAAUCACUUUUUGAGGUUAUAAAUCAUUUUUCUCUUUUGGUGUCAAUUAAAUUCAAUUCCUGCCCCCCGUUUCUCUUGUCAACGAACUUUUUUCUCCAAAAGAUUUAGGAGUCUGGUAUAUAAAGCAGGGGUGUUGUAAAAUGCUUGCUGCUUAAUAGAAGGCUACUUUAAAGUAUUCUAAGCACUUACAUGUGUGUGUGCCUGUUAAAGACGGAAGAGCUGUGCUGAUUGCUAGAGGGGCAAGUACGAAGAAAGAGGAAGCAAAGCAGAGCACGCCAAAGCAGCAAAAGGGCACCUUUACGGAUUAUAUUUUUGCCCUUUCAAGGGCGGUUCAGCUUUCUACGUUUCUGUUCUUGUCAUUUUCUUGAUUUUUCUGUUAUGAUCUUUCUCCAGUAUUUAAUUUUCCUCUGAAAUACUUUGAUUGUCUACUAGAUUAGGAAAUCUACAGGUUUAUUGUCCUUAUAAUCAUAGCUUUUACAUGAAUUUUUGGGUGCUAUCUGCUCGUCAUCGGACCAUCAAUUUCUUUGUUGUUUUUUUACUUUUACAGGGAUUAAUUACAUUUAUGUCUAUCCAUGGAGGGACAGGAGAAAUUGGUUGUGUAGAUUCGAUUGUGGAACGUGCCAUAGUUCCAGAAUCAGGUGUGCCCCUUGCAUUAAGCCUUACCGACAGAAAGGACGUGUCUGAUUUAUUUUUGCAGGUAUGCCAUCCAAUGCCAUUUAUAUCAUUCUUCUCUUUGAUAAUUCAUGAUAUCUCUGCAAUAUUCUUCACUCGAAUUUGGAUUUAACUAAUUAAGGUUUCAUAGAAUCUUUGUAUCGUAGUAUUACUAAACAUGAAUUAUCAAAGGAUGCAGCAGCCAUUAAAACUUGCAUGAAAUAAUUUAGGGUUCUGUGCUGAGGAUUUGAAGUGUCAAAGUUGAUGCUGGAUUUGCCUUGAAUCUGUCCUAGUUGAUAAAUGGAAUGAUCCACUGUUAGAUCGUUUCACAGAAUUCAUCUUAAUGUAUAAAUCCCGAAUAAUUAGUGUCACUACAAAGUUGUGUUAGUGGGGCUAACAUUCUAUUUCUGUGCAUCUUGGAAUCAUUUUACUUUUUAUGAGGGCAUCAUUCUAAAAAGUUGGAUAUUUAAGUUUAAUCUUCUCAUUCAACAUUAUCUUCGAAACAGUUUGUGGACCUUUGUGGGACGGCACAUGAAGUCAGAAAGGCUUGGGCUCGUCACCUGAAAUUGUUUCCACCUGCAGAAAAAGCUACUACCAACGGCCCUGAGCUCUUGGAGAAGACUAAGGAGAUAACUGGUGCAGGAGAUCAUGAUCAUAAGCCUGGGACACGUCAUAUAGAUAGAGAAGAAACUGAAGAAGACGAUGCCCACUCUUCAAAGAAAACUCCUGCCCUCCUGGAGGGGGCCACUGCACUGGUCACCAAGUCUCAUCCAGCCGUAGCUAGUGACAGCACUGAUGAAAAGCCAGACCGUUCUCGACUACCCAAUGAAGAAAAAGAGCAGUCUAAGCAUUUGCAAGCUAUUCAGCCACCAACAAGCGCCAGUAUGCUGCAACAAGAAGAUCAUUCAUUCUCUUCUCUUGGUCCUCCUGCUUCCUCAGCACGCGGUGAAGAGGAUCAAACUCCCCUACUGCUGGGUUGUGAGUCUCAUGAUGAUUUAAGACCAUCUCUUGAGAGCCUUUCCAUAUGUUUGGCCGAUGAAGCUGAGUCCAACCCAAUCUCUCCUCACAGAGGCAAUAGAGCUCCUCAGGGCCCUUAUGAGGAAAACAAGCGUGAGGUUAAAACAGCCCAACACAGAGCAUCUACAAUGCCAGCAACACCGCAGAGUCCCACAGGCAACAAUUGCACGCCUGAGCGAAAUCUUCCUCAAGAAAAAGUAAACACCUUUGAGAUAAGUCAACUGCCUGCAGAAGAGGCCGCUGAUCCCAAAUAUCCUCAGACGUCUGAAUGGCAUUAUGGCGGGCAGCCAUCUGAGCUUCAACCCAGGUUACCAGGAUAUGCCCGAACACCACAGCAUCAACAAUGGCAGGUUCCUAUGCAAUUUCAAUAUCCUCCUUACGCUGGAUUUAAUCCACAAGCUCUCCCAUCUCAGGCAUACGCAUAUCAGCCACAGUUUUGGCAACCAAAUAUCCAAAUGGGCGGCCAGAUGCAGGGCCAGUAUCAGAUGACUGCGGCCCCGGGGUUAACUCCCUGGUCCAUGUUCUGGCAACCACAGAGUCUACCACAGAGUGGUGUGGAUGAAAGUCAACAUCAACUAUAUCAAAAUCAUUUGCACGAUGCCCAUGGUGUCUCCCCUGAGUUGUGGCAUUACUACCAGCAGCAAUUGUACUAUAUGCAGCAGCUGCAGCAAGGUAGCAUCCAGGUACAGCAAAAGCAAGAACCUGGGCCGCAGCAGAAAAAUGCCCAGUUACAGCAUGAUCCUCUGCGACAGCAACAACAAGAUGAGCAACAUCAGCAGCAGCAUCUUCAGCUGAACAUCCUUCAGCUGCGGCAUCUACAAAACAAAAUGGAAAUGGAUCAUUUGCAGCGGCAGUGGCAGCAACAGGAGCUUUGCCAAGCCCAGGAUUCGCAUUUGCAGCAUCAUCCACAGCCACAAUGUCAACCAGACGACUCACGUGAGACUUCACCCACGCAGGAUUCUCCAAAACCACGACAAGACCAGGUACAGCAGUAUGUUCAGCACCAAUCCAUUCAGCAGAAGAAUCAGCUGAUCUUGAGCCACCAGGAACAUCAACAGCAGAUGUACUUGCAACAGCAGCAAGUGCUUCUGCAACAGCAGCAGCUGCUGCUUCUUCAACAGCAGCAGCAGCAACAACAACAACAGAAGCAGGAGACCGGAACCUUGCUUGACGCUAAGACUUCAAGAGACAAUUACGAUUUACAGGUAUCUAUCACCGGGCUUGUCUUCGUCUAUAUUGCAGCCGAGUCUUGGAAUCAGUUUUGAAAAUUUCGACCUAAUUACUGACGUAAAAAUCUUUUGAGGAUAUUCUGCUCUUGCGAAUCCUGAAUCCUCGAUUCUCCUGAUAUAUAGUAACAUAAUGUCUUAGGUUCUUCGAUGGAGAAUCAGCUGUAUGCUUCUGUGAAUCCAGAAAAUAUUUACAUCACCCGCGCAUGGGUACUAACUAAUUGGGCCAUGUCGCUCGUCAGAUUCUAGCACCUACUCGAGUUGCUGAAGAAGACGGCGCUGUUCAUCCAAUACCCCAGCCGCCGAGUGCCCCGAUCCAAUGA